CCUCAAGCAACCAGUCAUCCAGCUGUCCCCCGAGUCACCCCUCAAGCAACCACUCUUCCACCUGUCCCCAUGGCAUCACCCCCCAGCACCCUGACCACAGGCCACGCCGUCCGGCUCGCGGCACGCUCGAAAGCCUUGACGGGGCCAACAGCGGGACUCGCGCCAUCAUACUUGCAAGCCAAUCUGAUCGUGCUCCCAUCGCAGUACGCAGCCGACUUCCGGCUGCUGUGCGCGCGCAACCCGGUCCCGUGCCCGCUGCUCGCCGAGUCGUCCCGUCCGGGCGCCUUCCGCUCGCUGCGGUCGUACGUCUACCCACCUGAUAACACCAACGCCCCCUCCCCGUCUCCACGGCCGCUAGUCCUCGCAAAAGACAUCGACCUGCGCACCGACGCGCCGGCCUACCGCGUCUUCCGCGACGGCCACCUCGUUGCCCCCACGGACACGGACCCGACCGACAUCACCGCCGCCUGGCACGCCACCGACCACGUCGCCUUCCUGAUCGGAUGCAGCUUCAGCUUCGACGCGGCGCUGCACACCGCCGGCCUCGCGCCGCGCCACGUCGCACAGAACCGCAACGUGCCCAUGUACCGCGCGGCGCGCACCCCGCUGCUCCCCGCGGGCGUGUUUGUCGGCGGCGUGCACGUCGUCAGCAUGCGGCCGUACCGCGCAAGCGAGAUUGAGCGAGUGCGCGCCGUCACGCGGCGGUUCGGGGCUGCGCACGGCGAGCCGCUGGCCUGGGGGUGGGGUGCGGUUCAGGCGUUGGGGAUUAAGGAUAUGCAGUGCCCGGAGUGGGGGGAUGCGCCGUUGACGGGCGGUGGGAGCAGGGUUUUUGGGGAGGGCGUUGAGGAGGACGGGGAGAAGUACGUGCCCGUGUUUUGGGGGUGUGGCGUCACGCCGCAGGAGGCGGUGGUGUGUGCGAAUUUGAGCGGGACGGUCAUGGGGCAUGCGCCGGGGUGCAUGGUUGUGUUGGAUGUAACAGACGAGGAGGUGUUUGCUGUGAAAGGGAUGUAAAGGGGGGUUUAGGACGUUGUUGGUGUAGCAAGUUGCCCACUCUUCAACAGGUAGCAUAUAGGUUCGUCACUGGGCGCAUCGCUGGGAAUCGCCGGAAUCGCUCGAAUCGCUGAAGUUCAAGAUCGGGCAUUUCUGAUGCAUCGAUUGAUUGAAGCUGUUGGCGAUGAUUUUGGUGGUGGUUUGGUUGACAAGGAAGGUGGCAGUGGA